AUGACUUUUGUUGCUCCUCCUGGCUAUCAGCCAAUCUAUGGUCCUAGAAUCCCCUACCUGGGGCCCAUCUAUGGAGGCCUGAGGGAAGGGACGUCCAUCUACCUCCAGGGGUCCAUUCCCGAGGACAUCACCAGAUUCUUUGUCAACCUCCUUUGUGGAGAGUCUGAGUCCAGCGACAUCGCCCUCCACUUCAACCCUCGAUUUGACGGCUGGGACAAAGUGGUCUUCAACACGUGUCAGAAUGGAUCCUGGGAGUCAGAGGAGAAGAUUCGUAGUAUGCCCUUCUGCAAGGGCCAGUCCUUUGAAAUGGUCAUCAUGGUCACUUCACAAGGCUACCAGAUCAAAGUCAAUGGGAAUGACUUCCACACCUUUCAACACCGUGUGCCUGUGGAGAGAGUCUGUGCGAUGCAGAUUGCAGGAGAUGUUUCCAUCCAGACGAUUAAUGUCAUAGGGGGAGGAAUAGGAGGAGGAAUGGGAGGAGGAAUGGGAGGAGGAAUGGGAGGAGGAAUGGGAGGAGGAUAUCCAGGAGGCGGCAUGGAGGGAGGAUACCCAGGAGGCAUGGGAGGAGGAAUGGGAGGAGGAAUGGGAGGAGGAUACCCAGGAGGUGGCAUGGGGGGAGGAUACCCCGGAUCAACCCUGCCCGGAAUGGGUGGACAGCCAGUCUACAACCCUCCUGUGCCUUACGCCAACAUGAUCCCAGGAGGGAUGUUCCCUAAGAGGACCAUCAUCAUCAGAGGCAUGGUGCCCUACGGAGCAGACAAAAUCAGCAUCAACUUCGUGGUGAGCAGAUCUCGGGACAUCGCUUUCCACAUGAACCCCAGGGUGAGGGAGGGGAUCGUGGUGAGAAACAGCAUGAUUGGAGGUAACUGGGGCCUGGAGGACAGAGAGCUCAGCUUGAACCCUUUCAUGGAGGGACAGUACUUUGAUAUGUCGAUUCGCUGUGGGAACCAGAGGUUUAAGGUGUUUGUGAACGGGCAGCACUUGUUUGACUUCUUCCACCGCUUGCAGUCCUUCAGUGAGAUCGACAUGCUGGAGAUCGAUGGCGACGUGCAGAUCUCCUACAUCCACUUCUGA